AUGUUUGCUAAUGAUGCAAGACCGAAAGCUAGAUUUUCUAUGUGGCUACACUUCCAUGGAAGGAUGUUAACUGCUGAUAGGCUUAGUAAGUGGGGACUAGCUGUUGAUCCUAUCUGUUCUUUGUGUACUGCCUAUCUCGAAACCAGGGAUCAUUUGUUCAUGGAAUGUCAUUUCAUCAAGCUUGUUUGCAACAAAGUUCUCAAGUGGGCUCAGAGGAAACCAGCUACUACUGCUACAUGGGACCAAUAUCUGCGAUGGGUGAUUAUGAAUGGCAAGGGCAAGACUCAGGCUGCAGGACUAUUCAGAAUGAUGUUGGCUGAAUGUGUACAUGUUGUUUGGCUGGAAAGGAAUCAAAGGGUGUUUGAGGACAAGAGUAGGACUAGUGAUAGCAUAGCUAGAGAAAUUGUUUAUAUGAAGAUCUUAAUUAAGACAACUUUAUCACAAAAGGCUUCAAAUGUGCUUGACGAUGAGUAUUGA